AUGAAGUGCUCGAGGUCACUAUCAGCUUUGACUACAGCCAUAAUAGCUGUAAGUCAUGUAGGUAAUGCGAUAGAAGUCGAUCUUACAUCUCCCGCCUCUAUUAAGACCGCGGCGAGUUCGAUCGCUUACGACAUGAUGAGCUAUUACACAGGAAACAAGACGGGCGGCAUACCGGGAAAUUUACCCGCGCCAUAUUAUUGGUGGGAAGCCGGAGCAAUGUUCGGCUCGCUGAUCGAUUAUUGGUAUUAUACGGGCGAUUCGACAUACAACGAUGUUACCACUCAAGCUAUGCUUUUUCAAACGGGACCCGACAACGAUUAUAUGACUCCGAAUCAAACCAAAACAGAGGGAAAUGACGACCAAGGAUUCUGGGGAUUGGCAGCCAUGUCUGCCGCUGAAGUGAAUUUUCCAAACCCUCCCCCUAAUAAACCUCAAUGGCUCGCUCUCGCGCAGGCGGUUUUCAACACUCAAGCCCCUCGGUGGGAUGAUAGCACAUGUGGUGGGGGUCUACGAUGGCAAAUCUUUACCUUCAAUAACGGUUACAACUACAAAAACUCAAUUUCAAAUGGCUGCUUUUUCAACUUGGGUGCACGACUUGCUAAGUACACCGGAAACGAUACUUAUGCACAGUGGGCAGAUAAAACGUGGGAAUGGAUGGAGAACGUGGGACUCUUGGAUGAACACUACUAUGUUUACGAUGGUUCUGAUGACACACUCAAUUGUACUAAGCUCAACCAUAUUCAGUGGACUUAUAAUGCCGGAGCAUUCCUUCUUGGCGCUGCAAAUAUGUAUAACUAUACCAACGGAAGCGAACUUUGGCGUGGACGUGUCGAAGGUUUACUGAAUGGCACCCAUGUAUUCUUCCAGAAUAAUGUCAUGAUGGAAGUGGCCUGCGAGAAUAACGGAAAAUGCGAUAUCGAUCAACAGUCUUUCAAGGCAUAUCUUGCUCGUUGGCUAGCUGCCACAACGAAAAUGGCCCCCUUUACCUACGAUGCCGUUAUGAACUAUCUACGCCCCUCAGCUGCGGGGGCCGCCUCAUCAUGUGUUGGAGGUGAUAACGGACGCACCUGUGGACUUAAUUGGAGAACAGGAAAGUGGGAUGGAUUUUAUGGCGUUGGAGAACAAAUGGCAGCAUUAGAGGUUAUUCAAAGCAACCUCAUUGCGCAGGUUGCAGGGCCAGUCACGAAUUCUACGGGUGGAACGAGUCAAGGGGAUCCGAGUGCCGGGUCUGGGAAGAGCUCAAGCAGUUAUACGGGAACGAAACCGGUUACUACAGCUGAUAAGGUUGGGGCGGGAUUCCUUACCACGGUGGUGUUAAUAGCUCUUAUUGGUAGUAUCUGGUGGAUGAUGGUUUAA